AAAUAGUGAGCCACUUGUCCGCGAGGAGUUUAGCGUACUUAGUCCUCUGGAAGCACUUCCUCUGAUUACCUCGGUAGCCAUGGGUUCUCUAACUGUACCCGUGUGUCUGCUUCCUUUUUUCAUGGUGACCCUCCUACAGACCAUGUACAUCACCCACGCCGGCAGGACAGUCACGGAAAAACCUAUCCGCGCUGAAUCACCUGCAAGCGGGCUUGGGUUGAAGGAGCAUUUUCAGAUUGUUGCGCAGCACAAUAGGCUGCGCAGCCGGGUCACCCCCAUGGCAGCUAACAUGCAGAAAAUGGACAGGAGUGAGAAGCUGGUUGUACUUGCUCAGGAGAGGGCAGAGUCUUGCCACACAGGCCACUCGCCUCAGGACCAAUCGCUCCGCCUCAUUGGCUGGAACACCCAUCACUCAGCCUAUACCAACACCUCAUUUUCUGAGGUCAUUGACUUGUGGUUUGAGGAGGGGCGUGACUACAUGUUCCUGAGUGGGCAGUGCAGAGAGAAUGCUACCUGCCAACACUACACCCAGUUGGUGUGGGCCACAACCAGCCAUGUGGGAUGUGCCAGGCAUUUGUGUGUCAGAGCAGAUGCUGUCUGGGAGAUGUUUGUCUGUGCAUACUCCCCUGGGGGGAACUGGGAAGUUAAUGGGAUGUUGGUGGGGCCCUAUAAGGCAGGCUUCUCCUGCAGUCUGUGCACCUCCUCUAUGUCCGGCUGCUUCAGACUGUGGGACCAUGUGGGAGGACUGUGUGAGACCCCCAGGAACCCGUGUCGUAUGAGCUGUGGGCAGCACGGUCGUCUGAACGUCUCCUCCUGCCUGUGUCACUGUAGGCCAGGGUUCACCGGGCGCUUCUGUCAGGGUGCCUGUCUAUUGGCCUGUUUACCCGUCUGUCUUCUGAAGUCCUUAUUAUCUCCGUUUGACUGGCUAGACAUUCUCCAAGGUGGUUUCAGGUAUCUCAGAAGCUGUCUCAUUGUGGAUGUGUGUGUAUGUGUGUGUGUGUGUGUGUUCUUUUCAGUGCGCUGCAGUGUGCAGUGUGUACAUGGACGCUACAAGGAAGAGGAGUGCUCCUGUCAGUGUGAUGUUGGCUAUGCAGGGCCUGAGUGUGCCGAGAAGCAGCAGUUUCCUUUCCACAGCUGUGAUCUGAGGAUAGAUGGAGAGUGUUUCAUGGUGUCUCCACAAGCUGAUACCUACUAUGGAGCUAAGAACCGCUGUCAGGAGAGAGGGGGGAUUCUGGCCCAUAUUCACAAUCAGAAAGUGCAAGACAUCCUGGCAUUUUACCUCAGCCAGCUGGAGACCAGCAACGAGGUGACAGAUCACGACUUUGAGACACGCAACUUUUGGAUUGGGCUCACAUAUAAACAUGUGAAGGACUCUUUCCGCUGGGACUCAGGGGAAACUGCCACAUAUAGCAGCUUCGCCUUUGGACAGCCUGACAACAAGGGCUUUGGGAACUGUGUGGAGCUGCAGGCAUCCAGCGCCUUCAACUGGAACGACCAGCGCUGUAAAACACACAACCGAUACAUCUGCCAAUACGCUCCAGAGCACAUUUUCCUGUGGGAAGUUGGCCGGUGAUAAAAACGUCCCUCGAGGGUGGAGAGCACAGCGUUGGAGUAUGGGGAGUUUGGGCCUUUCAGUGGACCCAGUCUGGUUGUAUGUCAAGCAGAAACCGAGAUGAUAUCUGAAUUCUCCAUUGAAAUGGGACUAUCUUCAUUAAGGUUUCUCACUCUAACCCUUGUGGAUCACACUUUACAUUGUUUCAUUAUUGCUGGUUAGGAAUGUGUAAGCCAAACCAGUGCAACAAAUAAGCUCACAUUCAGAAAACAGAAUUGGAGCAUUACUAUAGUUUCUCCAUGGCAGCAGAAAGUAUUAUGUAUUUAGUACUAUAUUUAUUUUAUGUGCUUAUGGUUUUCUCAGUGCUACUGUAGCUUAGCUUUUAAUGUUUGCCAUACUGGCACUCCUGCAAUGUCAGUUUGAUUUAACUCUUCUACCCAAUGCGUUGAAUGUACAGUAGCAAAACCGUGAAUUUGUCAGCUUUCCAAACAUCAAGGAACUGAAGUAUAACUGCUACAAAGUAUUUUUACAGAAUGCAUAAUUCUUGUUUCCAAUGUUGCAAAGCAGUUUGGUCUGGUACACAACAAA